AGUCUGUGGCGUCCUGACACCAACAGAUAAUAGUUAUCAAUUGUUCUGGCAUAUGCAUUCAUCAAUAUAUGUCCGACAAAGUGUCUGAGUAUGACCAUUGGUCAACGUGUAUAGACAUAAAUGACUGUAUACUCAUGCACUGGUCAGUUCGACUGGAAACAUUUGACCCCUAACCUUCCUACGAGACACUCCUCAUCAACCGAUACUCUUGAAAACGAGCAUGGAAUUUCAAAGGAAAUUGGUGCUUUGUUUAGUUUUCCUUUGUUAUAUUAAAUCAAAUUUGAGUCAGGGAAAUCAGCCAUGCUUUGUCAAUCAGUUUGAGAUGGAAAAGAACUUUACUUUGAAUGAUUUCCAAGGAGAAUGGUAUGUCAUAUCGAUCAGGAAUCAAUGGACGGCACAGAACGGCGGGGCGUUUUUGGGCUCGAGUAUGAGGCACCGGUAUACAAUGGGCUCACACAGAACACUCACGGUAGAAACAAAUCUUCAGGGAUCGAUGCUUGGUUGCAUGCGAUUUGAGAACACAGCUUCGCCGGAUCCCUUCUCCAAUAUGACCAAGUUCACGAUAGUGUCCCAAGAUUCGGAAUGGCGGCGAUUUGUGUUUGGAAGCACGAUCUGGAUAGUUCGAACCAACCACAGGGGAUUCGCUGUAGUGUAUUCCUGUGGUAACGUACGUGCGGACGGCACAUGUGAAGUACCAACUGCGUACACGUUGAACAGGAAUUGGAACGGACACACGCCGGAAGAGUUAAAACAGAUCGACGAGGCCCUAACAUCAGUCUGUGUGCAUCCACAUACUCUCCUUCCAGUUGCUCAACUAGGCGAAUGUGUUGUAAACGAGCCGGUAUUGAUGAAUACAAUGGGCUGAUUGGACGUCAGAGUUUACUAUAGUACAUAUAUUCACGAUACCAUCGUACUGAACUUAGACAACUACUUUUGUAGAACAACUUAAAACUCUCAUCUUAGCGAGGUAAUACCGAUGGAAGGUACUGAUAUUGACUUGAGUAUUAAAUAAAUGAACUUACACAUGAAAUGGUGUAUAGCUUUAUUUGUAAUUAAGAGUUAUAAUAAGAUCAAGGGAAAUCAUUUUCUUUGUCCGGUUCUGUACAAGCAUAUAAUAUGAUACAUGUAUUCAUAACAAAAACAGGCAAUAUUCGUUCUUUAGCAAAUUGAUUAAAUUAUGGGGUAUGAAACUCCUAUUCCCUAUUUUGAUAUUAGUUUUGCUAAUUUUGUUUGAAAUUCCAACUAACCUUACUGCCCAAAACAUCACCGAUGAAGCCCCGCAGGACCAGAAAGCAGCAUAAUAUUUUGUAUGGAUUAUUCAACUUAACCUUGUCUAUUACGGAACAUUAGAUAAAACUGUAUGUAAGAACUUUGAUAUAAACUUUUUGAUGAGUCUGAGUUGGUGUGGAUUAUUUUUGAUGAGUCUGAGUUAUAGUGUUGAAUGUUUUUAAUUAGUCAGAGUUGGUUGGGACUAUUUUUAAUGAGUCUGAGUUAGUUAGUUGGAAUUAUUCUUAAUGAGUUAAUGAUUUAAAUUCGACUACCGCCGCGGUAUGCUGUGAUGAGUCUGAGCUAGUGUGGACUAUAUCUAAUGCGUCAGAGUUAGUGUGGUCUUUUCCUAAUUAUUCUAGGUCAGUAUGGACUAUUUUAAAUGGAUCUAAAUUAGUACGGACGUUUUUUUAAUGAGUCUGAGCCAGUGUGGACUAUUUCUAAUGAGUCUGACUUAUUGUGGACAAAUUUUGUUCUGCUUGUAGAUGCUUUUACUUAUUUUUAAUUCAAUACAACAAAAUGAUAACUUAGAAUUAAUGUUACUGUUAAACAUUAUAUUUACCUGUCUUUAAUAGUAUGCAACGAUUACACAAGACAAGACUAUGGCUUUUUAUGACUACCUAUUUUUUUAAUAACGUAAAAUAUCAUGAAACAAUCUGGGAGUUACAUGACAAAAAAUAAUAUCAAGAAUAAUCAAUAUAACAUUCGUUACAAAAAUGUUCAAAAGACGGGAGUGACUUAUAAAAACUAAAACAAAUAACUACAAAUUCGCAUUUUGCUUUUGUUACACAGCAGGUAUGAAGGAUAAAAAAGUAUGAAGCCGUACACAAUUAACUGACCAUUGUACAUAACGAGCAGUGUUAAACCGAUACACUAAACACACUGAAUUUACUAUCUGACGUAAUCUUAAUUUUUUUUUUUUAUUAAUUUAAGAAUUUAUCAAUUAUACAACAGUUUUCACAGGUAUGUUGUGUAUAUGAUGGUAAAAUAUUUACAGAUUUAUGACUUUGUCACAAAAAGACAUCACAAAAACACUAUACCGUAUAGCGUGAAGUUUUCACAGUCAUAAUAUUUGACGACUUGGACAUUAAAAACUGAAACAUAAAUUAUGGCGGGUUGAAUUAUGGCGGUUUCUACUAAACGUAGGGUUUAAUUUUUCGUUAAGCAUAUAUUUCAAACAUGUAGAUAAUUCUAUUCUGUACAAAUAUCAGGGGAUUUGCUAAGGUAAGGUUUUUAUGAGUACCUGUAUAGUACGUACAAGUAAAUAUAAGCUAAAUGAAUAGCAUAAUGAAGCGUGUUCAUUCAACCGUAUAAUAUCGCCGGUCAUCUAUGAUACGUAUAUGUACAGGUAACGUGUUAACAUUGUAUUCAAUUGUGAAUUGUUUUCGCAAAAAAAAAAAAAAAAA